UACCCAUAAUCCUCUAAAUUUGGCGCGAGCAAAUAUUAACGUCGCCGCAUCUAAUCCAAGCUGGCUUUGUUUCUUUUGAUGGAAGUCGGCGCACAAAAUCAGCAACUAUAAGCAUCCAUUUUACAGAAUUCGACUCAUAUUGCGGCCCUGUAUUACACGUUUGUGACUAAGAACAGAAGAAAAUGGCAGACAAAGACGCAGUUGAAGAGAGAGUGAUUAAUGAGGAGUACAAGAUAUGGAAGAAGAACACUCCUUUCCUCUAUGACCUCGUCAUGACACACGCUCUGGAGUGGCCCAGCCUUACAGCACAGUGGCUCCCAGACGUGACUCGCCCUGAGGGAAGGGACUACUCCAUUCACAGACUUAUCCUGGGGACCCACACGUCUUCGUGUCCCAGGUCGGACGAACAAAACCACCUGCUCAUUGCGAGCGUCCAAUUACCAAGUGAGGAUGCACAAUUUGAUGCUACUCACUAUGACAGCGAGAAAGGAGAGUUUGGUGGUUUUGGUUCUGUGAGUGGGAAGAUUGAUAUUGAGAUCAAAAUCAAUCACGAGGGGGAGGUGAACCGAGCACGAUUCAUGCCACAGAACCCAUGUAUCAUUGCUACAAAGACACCCUCCAGCGAUGUGCUCAUCUUCGACUAUACGAAGCACCCCUCAAAGCCAGAUCCCAGCGGUGAAUGCAGUCCCGAUCUCAGGCUUCGUGGUCAUCAGAAGGAAGGAUACGGUCUUUCUUGGAACCCCAACCUGAACGGUCAUCUGCUGAGUGCCUCAGAUGAUCAUACCAUUUGUCUCUGGGACAUCAACGCUACCCCAAAAGAGAAUAGAGUGGUUGAUGCCAAAACCAUCUUCACAGGUCACACAGCUGUUGUUGAAGAUGUGGCAUGGCAUCUGCUUCAUGAGAGCCUAUUUGGAUCUGUAGCUGAUGACCAGAAACUAAUGAUUUGGGACACCCGUUCAAGCAAUACCAACAAGCCCAGUCACACCGUGGACGCACACACGGCGGAAGUGAACUGCCUCUCCUUCAACCCUUACAGUGAAUUCAUCCUUGCCACCGGCUCUGCUGAUAAGACGGUGGCCCUCUGGGACCUGCGCAACCUAAAGCUGAAGCUUCACUCAUUUGAAUCGCACAAGGACGAGAUCUUCCAGGUACAGUGGUCACCGCACAACGAGACAAUACUAGCCUCGAGUGGCACAGACCGCCGUCUCCACGUGUGGGACCUGAGCAAGAUUGGAGAGGAACAGUCGGCCGAAGACGCUGAGGACGGACCUCCCGAGCUGCUGUUCAUACAUGGUGGGCACACUGCAAAGAUAUCAGACUUCUCUUGGAAUCCAAACGAACCCUGGGUGAUUUGCUCCGUGUCUGAAGAUAACAUCAUGCAAGUCUGGCAAAUGGCUGAAAACAUCUACAAUGACGAAGAGCAAGAAACGCCGGCCUCAGAGUUGGAGGCCACUGCAUCAUAAUCACCUGCUAGCUGGUCAUCUCCAUUGGGCUUUAACUGUGUCUGGACUUGUUUUUCAGUAUUUUCUUAUUGUUUAAAGGCUUGCACCUCACGAUUGGAACCAUCAAAACACCGUGUAUUUAUCACCUGUUUGAUAUCAACCAUGUUUUUGAUAUGUGUAUCGUAUUGUGCACCAGUAAACUUUGAUUGGAACGAGUUACAAAAUUAUCUUGUUGAAGUAAUAAAGGUGUUGAAAAUUAGA